UCUCUGCAUUCCUCAUCCCACCACCCUCUUCUGUUCUUGUUAGCCCCUCUUUUAUUCUCUUUUUCAUUCUCCUCUAUUACUCUUCUUAUCUUCGACGUUCUUUCCUCUGUUUCCUCUUGCAGAUCUUUUUUUCCUCCAAUCAUACCUUGCAACCGGUUGUAAUGUUACACCAGGCUGCAAAACAAUCCUUGACGACUGUCAUGUCAAGCCAAAAGUCCAGCUAGUCUCAGAGCGUGGCAGAGGUCAGCCAGACAGCUGAUCCGAUCCGAACCAAGAGGCAGCAAAAGCAGGUAGCGGAGGAUGUGUCAGACGCGGUGACCAGGCCAUCCACGCCGAGUCCAAAAAGCCCUGUGAGCAAGCCAUUGACGCAGAGCGAAGCUGAAACGUUGACGGAAUUGCCAGAAGCAGAGGCGACAUCAUGUCCAGCACGCAGGUUGGAACCGGUGGCUGAAGUCACCGUUCCAAAGUCGGAUCCUUUGCGCCAGCAGGUCGCGUACGAGCCGAUGGACCAAUUGGAGGUGAUUCCCAGAGAUCCCAACGCCGUACGACCGAGCGAGGAGACGGACCAAUCAAUGGGUCUGACCGCGGCCGAGGUACAGCUCUUCAUGCGUAACAACGACGCGGAGCAGCUGGACCUGUUCCAAGAAGUGCCCGAGGCCGUAGCGGAGCAGAUAGUGAGGGAGUGCGGGGAACAACCCGCUGGACCAGAGAAUAACGACAAGGGCCAAUCGAGAGACGAGGAGAAGGACGACGAUCAGCCGGACCAAUCGACGACGUCGGAGAUAGCGGCGGGAGCAGCCAUUGCCCCGUAAACCAAAAUCCCGUCACGGUUGCGCGAUUAAGUCAAUUUAGACAGACAGCCAAUCAGAAAGGUUGCGCAGGAAUCUACCGUGUGUAGAGACCUUAAGUUUUAUUUUGAGUGUUUAAUUCUAUUCCGUUUACGAACGAAUUCAUUUUAUUUUAUUUUAUUGUUUGUUUUGACAUAAUUAAGUCAUUCUAGAGUGUUUUACGCGAAUUGCGCGACGAGAGACCCAACUGGUUUAAUCUUAUAUCUAUAUAGCGACAAACGCAUGUAUUGGCGAUUAAGGGAGCGUCGGUGAUUAAAAAUAAGUUUAUUUCAUAAACGAUAUGCUUGAGCGAACACGAAAAACCUUUCCAUCCAAUCCCACGCAUCCCGAGUGAAUUAUCAUAAGAAGCGAGGACAGAGCCAUCGUGAGAGCCAAUCAAAGGCCAUGGACUCUGAUAAAUUCAGAAUUUUAGUACUUUCAUUCAUUUUUAUACUUUUUGCAAUUUCUAUUAUCUGCAUACUACUUUUGGUUUAUUCGCAUUUAGCAAGAGCAUAUCAACCCUAUUAUUUAACGUAGAGUCAUUGAAGUCAGCGAGAUGCGGCUUAAGGAGUACCUAGUGGUCACUCUGAUUAUAUUCAUACCUUUGAUUAUUAGUUUUCCAGACAUUCACACAGUAAGCAUGAUAUUCACUCUUUAUACCUUAUAUAUUUUAUUAUUAAGCCUCGAGAUCGAUCCAAGAUUGAUUCCCGACGAGCGAUGAACCAAUCACGUCAACUUAAGCGUGUAUUGCGUCCGAGGACCAAUAGCGUCCGUUCUAUGUAACUUCAGUUUUAAUUAUGCAUGUUUCACAGUUUUAUUAGAGUUUUGACAGAAUGUCGAACUACGACAGCCAAUGGGGCGAAGCCCUGAUAAUUUUAUAUCGAUUCGUCGAGUUUUACUUUGAUUUACCUAUUUCACACACUUUGUUGUCAACGAGAGCCAAUAGGAGCGAAUCCUGGCUAAUUUCAUGUUGUUUAGUUUAUUUCAAACUUUUCUAUCAAUAUCUAAGGCCUUCAGCCAAUCAGAGCGCAUUGUGCGACUCAGUCGAACGAACGCAGCGAUCCGACCAAUGAGAAACGAGCACGGCUCGAAACAGCGAGAUUCGCAUUGUAACGCGUUUAUAUCGUUCAAUUAUCUUUAAUUUUAUGUUUUCCCUGUCGAAACGAUUAAGAUUUAUUAUUUUAUAAUAUGCGAUACGCAUUGGAUAUACUUACCGUCGGAAUACUUACCGAUGACGAUUUCCCGUCCAAUGAUUGGGCGAGACGAUCCCACGAAGUCCGGUACCUGAAAGAAAAGGAGAAUUAACAAAAGAUUGAUUCUAGUACGUGUUACUUACCUGCGUAAUGUCGGAUCGUCAAAAUGACCUAUGAUUGGUCACUCGGAACCGCUCCGAGUGACUGGCCCGCGAACACGCACUUUGUGCUGUUGCGACGGCUGGCAUUGGUUGACGCAUCGCGAAGACCGCAGCGAGAGCCCAUGUCCGCCGUCCAAUAGGGAUUCAGCAUCGUGAUUGAGCUGAGCCAGUCAACCGGCUCAGUUAGUUGCCUAUUGGCCAAACGACAUUCAAUGGAUCGUGUCGCCCGCAAGACCGCGACGCGAUUGGCCGAGUGCGAGAAGGCGCGCGAAAUGCCGAGCAACAAAUUCU